GGGCGAGGGCUGUUUCCGGGAGGGGGGAUCUGCUCAUUGUUUUGCUCCUGCCUGGGAUCUGCUCCGUGUUUUCCUUCCUGCUGUGCUUCCCAACUUUACUCAAAGUCGCCGGACUCUGAGUCUCCGAGUUGGUGGAAGGACCGCUGGACAGAUCUGGGGACAGACAUAGGGCCUGGAAGGAAACUGGCCAAGGACCUGCACGGGCAGGGAUGGAGCGGGCCUCAGGGCAGCCAGGGAGGGGCCAACCAGGACAGCCUGUGCCCUGGGAACUUCAGCUGGGCCUGCUGCUGAGUGUGCUGGCCAUCACACCGGCCCAGGCCUUGGUCCCUGAUGCACCAGGCUGUUCACGGGGAAGCUGCUACCCGGCCACAGGCGACCUGUUGGUGGGCCGUGAGGACAGACUGACUGCCUCAUCCACCUGCGGCCUGCACGGCCCCCAGCCCUACUGCAUAGUCAGUCAUCUGCAGGAUGAAAAGAAGUGCUUCCUGUGUGACUCCCGGCGCCCCUUCUCUGCCCGAGACAAUCCACACAGCCAUCGCAUCCAGAAUGUAGUCACCAGCUUCGCCCCGCAGCGCCGGACAGCCUGGUGGCAGUCAGAGAAUGGUAUCCCCAUGGUCACCAUCCAGCUGGACCUGGAGGCUGAGUUCCAUUUCACGCACCUCAUUAUGACCUUCAAGACAUUUCGCCCUGCUGCCAUGCUGGUGGAGCGCUCGGCAGACUUCGGUCGCACCUGGCAUGUGUACCGAUAUUUCUCCUAUGACUGUGGGGCUGACUUCCCAGGAGUCCCACUAGCCCCGCCCCGGCACUGGGAUGAUGUAGUCUGCGAGUCCCGCUACUCCGAGAUUGAGCCGUCCACCGAAGGCGAGGUCAUCUUUCGUGUGCUGGACCCCGCCAUCCCUAUCCCAGACCCCUACAGCCCACGGAUCCAGAACCUGCUGAAGAUCACCAACCUCCGGGUGAACCUGACUCGGUUACACACGCUGGGGGACAACCUACUCGACCCGCGGCGGGAGAUCCGAGAGAAGUACUACUAUGCCCUCUACGAGCUGGUCGUGCGUGGCAACUGCUUCUGCUACGGACACGCCUCGCAGUGCGCGCCCGCCCCAGGGGCACCAGCCCACGCUGAGGGCAUGGUGCACGGGGCCUGUGUCUGCAAACACAACACGCGUGGCCUCAACUGUGAGCAGUGUCAGGACUUCUAUCAUGACCUGCCCUGGCACCCGGCUGAGGACGGCCACAGUCACGCCUGCCGGAAGUGCGAGUGCCACGGACAUGCCCACAGCUGCCACUUUGACAUGGCCGCAUACCUGGCAUCUGGCAACGUGAGUGGAGGCGUGUGUGACGGGUGUCAGCACAACACAGCUGGACGCCACUGUGAGCUGUGCCGGCCCUUCUUCUACCGCGACCCCACCAAGGACCCACGGGACCCAGCUGUGUGCCGCCCCUGUGAUUGUGACCCCAUGGGUUCCCAAGAUGGUGGUCGCUGUGACUCCCACGAUGACCCAACACUGGGGCUAGUCUCCGGCCAGUGUCGCUGCAAAGAACACGUGGUGGGCACCCGCUGCCAGCAGUGCCGUGAUGGCUUCUUCGGGCUCAGUGCCAGUGACCCCUUUGGCUGCCAGCGUUGUCAGUGUAACCCCCGGGGCACGGUGCCUGGGGGCUCUCCCUGUGACCCCAACAGUGGAACUUGUUUCUGCAAGCGUCUAGUGACUGGACGUGGCUGCGACCGUUGCCUGCCUGGACACUGGGGCCUAAGCCACGACCUGCUCGGCUGCCGCCCCUGCGACUGCGAUGUGGGGGGUGCCCUGGAUCCCCAGUGCGACGAGGCCACAGGGCAGUGCCGCUGCCGUCGGCACAUGGUUGGGCGACGUUGUGAGCAGGUGCAGCCUGGCUAUUUCCGGCCCUUCCUGGACCACCUGACCUGGGAGGCUGAGGAUGCCCGAGGACAGAUGCUUGAUGUGGUGGAACGCCUAGUGACCACCCAGCAGACUCCAUCUUGGACUGGACCAGGCUUCGUGCGGCUGCGGGAAGGUCAGACACUGGAGUUCCUGGUGGCCUCUGUGCCGAGGGCCAUGGACUACGAUCUGCUGCUACGCCUGGAGCCCCAGGUCCCUGGGCAAUGGGCUGAGAUGGAACUGAUGGUGCAGUGGCCGGGGCCUGUGUCUGCCCACAGCCCGUGUGGCCACAUGCUGCCCAAGGACGACCGCAUCCAGGGUACGCUGCGACCCAACUCUAGGUCCAUGGUGUUUCCCAGUCCCGUCUGCCUUGAGCCUGGCACGUCCUACAAGCUGCUCCUGAAGCUGGUGCGAACAGGGGGAGGUGCUCAGCCCGAGACCCCCUACUCCGGACCUGGCCUGCUUAUUGACUCGCUGGUGCUGCUGCCCCGUGUCCUGGUUCUGGAGAUGUUCAGUGGGGGCGACGCUGCUGCCCUGGAGCGCCGCGCCACCUUUGAACGCUACCGCUGCCAUGAGGAGGGGCUGGUGGCCAGCAAGGCCCCUCCCUCUGAGGCCUGCGCUCCCCUCCUCAUCAGCCUGUCCGUGCUCAUCUACAACGGUGCCCUGCCCUGUCAGUGCGACCCUCAGGGCUCCCUGAGCUCCGAGUGCAACCCCCACGGUGGUCAGUGCCGCUGCAAACCUGGAGUGGUGGGGCGCCGCUGUCACCUCUGUGCCUCUGGCUACUACGGCUUUGGCCCCACAGGCUGCCAAGCUUGCCAGUGUAGCCCCAAGGGAGCGCUCAGCGGCCUGUGUGAAGCAACCAGUGGGCAGUGUCCCUGCCGACCUGGUGCCUUCGGGCUCCGGUGCGACCGUUGCCAGCGUGGCCAGUGGGGAUUCCCCAGCUGCCGGCCGUGCGUCUGCAAUGGACAUGCAGAUGAAUGUGACACCCACACGGGCGCUUGCCUGGGCUGCUGCCGUCCCUGCCCCUGCCCUGAGGGUCCCGGGAGCCAGCGGCACUUCGCUACUUCUUGCCACCGGGACGGGUAUUCCCAGCAGAUCACGUGCCACUGCCGGGCAGGCUACACAGGGCUGCGGUGUGAAGCAUGUGCCCCUGGGCACUUUGGGGACCCAUCCAGGCCAGGUGGCCGGUGCCAACCCUGUGAGUGCAGUGGGAACAUUGACCCCACUGACCCUGAUGCCUGCGACCCCCGCACGGGACAGUGCCUACGCUGUUUACACCACACGGAGGGGCCUCGCUGUGCCCACUGCAAGCCUGGCUUCCAUGGGCAAGCUGCCCGACAGAGCUGUCACCGCUGCACCUGCAACCUGCUGGGUACAGAUCCCCAGCAGUGCCCAUCUGCCGAUCGAUGCCACUGUGACCCAACCAGUGGGCAGUGCCCGUGCCUCCCCAACGUCCAGGGCCCUAGCUGUGACCGCUGUGCUCCCAACUUCUGGAACCUCACCAGUGGCCGCGGCUGCCAGCCUUGUGCCUGCCAUCCUACCCGGGCCCGAGGACCCUCCUGCAAUGAGUUCACAGGGCAGUGCCAAUGCCGUGCUGGCUUCGGUGGACGGACCUGUUCUGAGUGCCAAGAGCUUCACUGGGGAGACCCUGGGCUGCAGUGCCGCGCCUGUGAUUGCGACCCUCGUGGAAUAGACACGCCUCAGUGUCACCGCUCCACGGGCCACUGCAGCUGCCGCCCGGGUGUGUCUGGCGUGCGCUGUGACCAGUGUGCCAGUGGCUUCUCGGGUGUCUUUCCUGCCUGCCAUCCCUGCCAUGCGUGCUUUGGGGACUGGGACCGCGUGGUACAGGACUUGGCCGCCCGAACACGGCGCCUGGAGCAGUGGGCGCAGGAGCUACAGCAGACGGGUGUGCUGGGUGCCUUUGAGAGCAGCUUCCGGGAUCUGCAGGAGAAACUGGGCAUCGUGCAGGGCAUUGUGGGAGCCCGCAACACCUCGGCUGCCUCUACUGCACAGCUCGUGGGGGCCACAGAGGAGCUGCGGCGUGAAAUUGGGAAGGCCACUGAGCACCUGACUCAGCUGGAGGCCAAGCUGACUGAGGUGCAGGAUGAGAACUUCAAUGCCAACCACGCGCUAAGUGGCCUGGAGCGAGACGGGCUUGCGCUGAACCUCACGCUGCGGCAGCUCGACCAGCACCUGGAUCUGCUCAAGCAUUCAAACUUCCUGGGUGCCUACGACAGCAUCCGCCAUGCCCACGGCCAGUCUGCAGAGGCAGAACGUCGAGCUAAUGCCUCAGCCCUGGCGGUGCCCAGCCCUAUAAGCAACUCUGCAGGCAUACGGCGUCAGACAGAAUCACUGAUGGAUGCCCAGAGGCAGGAAUUCAACCGCAAACACCUGGCCAACCAGCGUGCACUGGGCGAGCUCUCUGCCCGCACCCACACUCUCAGCCUGACAGGCAUAAAUGAACUGGUGUGCGGGGCGCCAGGGGAUGCACCCUGUGGCACGAGCCCUUGUGGGGGUGCUGGCUGUCGCGACGAGGAUGGGCAGCCCCGCUGUGGGGGCCUCGGUUGCAGUGGGGCAGCAGCUACAGCUGACCUGGCAUUGGGCCGGGCCCGGCACACACAGGCAGAGCUGCACCGGGCGCUGGCAGAAGGUGGCGGCAUUCUGAGCCGCGUGGCUGAGACUCGUCGGCAGGCUGGUGAGGCCCAACAGCGGGCUCAGGCAGCCCUGGACAAGGCCAACGCUUCCAGAGGGCAGGUGGAGCAGGCUAACCAAGAGCUUCGAGAACUCAUCCAGAGUGUGAAGGACUUCCUCAGCCAGGAGGGGGCUGACCCCGACAGCAUUGAGAUGGUGGCCACGCGGGUGCUAGAGCUCUCCAUCCCAGCCUCACCUGAGCAGAUCCAGCACCUGGCAGGUGCGAUCGCAGAGCGGGUCCGGAGCCUGGCGGACGUGGAUGCAAUCCUGGCGCGGACUAUGGGAGACGUGCGCCAAGCUGAGCAGCUACUACAGGAUGCACAGCGAGCACGGAGCCGGGCUGAGGGUGAGAAACAAAAGGCAGAGAUGGUACAGGCGGCACUGGAGGAGGCCCAGCGGGCACAGGGCGCUGCCCAGGGUGCCAUCCGGGGGGCAGUGGUCGAUACGCGGGACACGGAGCAGACCCUACGCCAGGUACAGGAGAGGGUGGCUGGGGCCGAGCAGGCCCUGAGCUCUGCAGAUGACAGAGCUCGGCAACUGGAUCACCUCCUGGAGGCUCUAAAACGGAAGCGGGCGGGAAAUAGCCUGGCAGCCUCUACAGCUGAAGAAACGGCGGGCAGUGCCCACAGUCGUGCCCAAGAGGCUGAGCAGCUGCUGCAGGGCCCACUGAGCGACCAGUACCAGAAGGUGAGAGCUCUAGCUGAGCUCAAGGCCCAGGGCGUGCUGGCUGCGCAGACAAGGGCAGAGCAGCUGCGGGACGAGGCGCGGGGCCUGCUGCAGGCCGCUCAGGACAAGCUGCAGCGGCUACAGGAACUGGAGGGCACCUACGAGGAGAACGAGCGGGCACUGGAGGGCAAGGCGGCGCAGCUGGACGGGCUGGAGGCCAAGCUGCGUGGCGUGCUGCAAGCCAUCAACCUGCAGGUUCAAAUCUACAACACCUGUUAGUGACCACUGCCCGGGCCUCCCUGGCCCCGCAUGCCUGUGUGUCCAAGCAAAAGAGCUCUUGGCCUGGAAGGGCUCCCCAAUAAAGCCGUGUGAACC